CGAUUCUACAUAUCGACUGAGAUAAAUUUACAGAUUCGAUGAAUUCCAAUUUUUGUUGAACUACCAAGUUUCAACGUCAGUUUCCUACAAUUUCUUCGACACGACUUCCAACAAUAUAGCUUCUAAGUAACAACCAUUUGAAGGAAGUGAAUGCAUAGAUUUAUUCAAAAUUUUUAAAAAUCUGUCUUGUAUCGAAAGAAACAAAUGAUCUGCCAUACCGGAAACGUGGGAAAAGUUCCAUCCUAUUCGGAAUAUAUGAAGUCUGAUUACUUUCCCUUUUUUAGAAUAGCUCUAGAGUAAAAUCAAUUCAACUCGCUGGUUUUAAGUGAUGUAUGGCAUCGUAGAAGGCGGUGACUCCACUGACCACAGCAAACGUCAGUCAAGCCGUUUAUCUGAAUUUUACCUACAGCAGCAAAAUGGCUCACCGUACGGAGAAGUCUUUGGACGAACAGCAGCUAAUGUCCCCGUCGGAGGUUCACCGAGAAUUGAUGCAUUCGGCCCGUGAGGCGGACCGUAGUUAUGUGGCCAGUGGCGGUGAAGACUCAGCGGGAGACGUUUCCAUUCUGCAGCUAGAUGAAUCGUACGGUGCCGAUCUGGAUGCCGAUGAUGUGGAUGCAGAAUUUCAGUACGACGAAUAUGAGGACGUCAGUGGGGCUGAUUUUGACGUUGAUGACUUCCUGGCGGAAAUCCAAGGCGACUGGAGGGAGCCGGUGGAAGAAGAAAUCGCAGAUUCCACCAUCGAAUCAAUAGCAUCGGAGGAUUUGGUACCGCAGGAAUUGAAAGACAUACUGGAAGAUUCGUACUUUCCGGGUUUUUUGGAUGAUGUAGUCGAGGGGAAGUUGCCGUACAAUGGUCAGGUAAUCGUCGAAGAUGGUAACGUUUCCUCAGUGAAGGAGACUACCCUGCUGGAAGCAUUCGAUCAGCGGGUGGAACACGAGCAACAGCAGAUCAAGGAACGAGUUGGUAUCACCGAGGUCCGUGGAAGCCCACUCGCCGGUGGCCAGGCCCAGACUAGCUCACCCGCACGCGAGGAGGACGUUUCGACUGCACUUGCCGGGAUACGCAUAGAUCAGAAGAUUCGGAAUGUACGUGAAACCCAACUGAAUGCGGCGAUAGCUAAUCUAACGAAGGCACAGGUCAUCAGUGACUACCAAAUCAAGUUGAACAUGAUGAAAGAGAUGACGAAGCGCGCGGUUGGCCGAAUGUCCACUUCGGUGUCCGAAAAGGAAGAAGAAGCCGGCGCCGCUCCGGUCGGUUCCAAGUAUCCGAAAUUUGAAGUCUACGAUUCCGGUGCCGGUGAUUCUAUGAAACCGCUGGAAAUAAUCAGCUACAUCGGAUCGACUCGGAACAAAAUGUAGUAGGGUGUCGGAAAAUCGUUGGUUUUAUUUUGAGAAUAUUGAGAGGUUUCUUAUUUUUUGUUUGUUUCUCGAAAUUUGUAGUAUAAAGAAAUUUGUUUAGAAUAAAGAUUUUUGUUCUCUCGAAAUUGUUUUGUAGAGGGCUGAACCGACGACACGACCUGCCACUCGUCUAUCAAAACUGUAUCGUAAAUUUAACUACCCCUCAGUAACUGGAAAUGUCAAAUCGGAAACGUUAGUGAAUUUUUUUAAACUGGCAGCACAAGUUGAUUUAUUUAUUGAUUUUGAAUAACAGUCACCAUAACCUUGGAUACUGCAUAUCGAAGGCAAGAUGAAUGUAAACAAAAUAAAUUUCAGAUCGGUUAUUAUAUUACGGAACAUUUUAAUGGAUUUAACUGACUCGAGCGGAAUGUAAAAAUUUUGGAGUAUGAGUUAUGUCUUUUAUAAAGCCAAGUUCAAAAUUCAGGUCUUGACUUGAAACCGUUGUGUGAGAAAGAAGACAUGGAAAUGACCGACAACGAGCUGAGCGAGGCUUGUGCUCUGCGGUACCUGCAUAACGUACGGUAAAAUGAUUUCUUUGUGGAAUUCCACUAGUAAUCCUCGAAUAGUGGCCAACAAGGAGAAAUACUGUUUCCACUGCUGCGCAAUCAACCGACACAAAACAAUUUUGACACCGGCAUAUUACACCGAAUCCUACUGCCCAGAAAAGCUAGCAGUGGAAGUGUACGGAUGAAUCGCUGGAAGUAGAUCAUUGUCCUCGUUCGUUGGUUUUAUUCAUAGUUUCGAUUAAAUUCCGAAAAUGCAUUUCUGCUUAAUUUGGACAAAGUUUAACACUAAUAUUCCACCGCUUUCAAAACAUGUUUAUUUGUUUUGGGGUUCCUUGGUAACCAGUACAUAGCAACUUAAACAGUGUUGCUCGAGAAGAUUAUUUUUAUCAUUUACAAGGGGUCGCUAGAUUU